AUGGCAGCCUACACCUCCCCCCGGGAGACUGACAGUGUACACUCUCAGAUUAAAGGCUCUGAAAAGUCCCUCAGAGCUAGCGGUGGUAGUUGCUGCGGGGCGCGGGCAGCGGGAGCCGCUGGAGUCGCGGCCGCCGACGAGGAGGUGCAGACGCUGUCGGGCAGCGUGAGGAGGGCCCCGUCGGGACCUCCCAGCACCCCCGGCACCCCCAGCUGUGCAGCCGCUGCCAAGGGCCCCGGCGCGCAGCAGCCCAAACCCGCCAGCUUGGGCCGCAGGCGAGGGGCAGCCGCCGCCAUCCUCAGCUUGGGCAACGUGCUCAACUACCUGGACAGGUACACCGUAGUAGGUGUCCUUCUGGACAUCCAGCAGCACUUUGGAGUUAAGGACCGAGGAGCCGGAUUGCUGCAGUCAGUGUUCAUCUGCAGCUUCAUGGUGGCUGCCCCCAUCUUCGGCUACCUGGGCGACCGCUUCAACAGGAAAGUGAUUCUCAGCUGCGGCAUUUUCUUCUGGUCGGCAGUCACGUUUUCCAGCUCCUUCAUCUCACAGCAGCACUUCUGGCUGCUGGUCGUGUCCCGGGGGCUGGUGGGCAUCGGGGAGGCCAGCUACUCCACCAUCGCGCCCACCAUCAUUGGCGACCUCUUCACCAAGAACACACGCACGCUCAUGCUGUCUGUCUUCUACUUUGCCAUUCCGCUGGGCAGCGGCCUGGGCUACAUCACCGGCUCCAGCGUGAAGCAGGCAGCCGGAGACUGGCACUGGGCCUUGAGGGUGUCCCCCAUCGUGGGCAUGAUCACGGGAACACUCAUCCUCGUUCUGGUCCCGGCCACUAAGAGAGGCCACGCCGACCAGCUCGGGGGGCAGCUCAAGGCUCGGACCUCGUGGCUCCGAGACAUGAAGGCCCUGAUCCGCAACCGCAGCUACGUCUUCUCCUCCCUGGCCACGUCGGCCGUGUCCUUCGCCACAGGGGCCCUGGGCAUGUGGAUCCCACUGUACCUGUACCGCGCCCAGGUUGUGCAGAAGACGGCAGAGGCAUGCAGCAGCCCACCCUGCGGGGCCAAGGACAGCCUCAUCUUUGGGGCCAUCACCUGCUUUACGGGCUUUCUGGGUGUGGUCACGGGGGCAGGAGCCACGCGCUGGUGCCGCCUGCGGACCCAGCGGGCCGACCCGCUGGUGUGUGCUGUGGGCAUGCUGGGCUCUGCCAUCUUCAUCUGCCUCAUCUUCGUGGCCGCCAAGAGCAGCAUCGUGGGGGCCUAUAUCUGCAUCUUUGUCGGGGAGACACUGCUGUUUUCUAACUGGGCCAUCACCGCAGACAUCCUUAUGUAUGUGGUCAUCCCCACGAGACGGGCCACCGCCGUGGCCCUGCAGAGCUUCACCUCUCACCUGCUGGGGGACGCGGGCAGCCCCUACCUCAUCGGCUUUAUCUCCGACCUGAUCCGCCAGAGCACCAAGGACUCCCCGCUCUGGGAGUUCUUGAGUCUGGGCUACGCGCUCAUGCUCUGCCCCUUCGUCGUGGUCCUGGGUGGCAUGUUCUUCCUAGCCACGGCUCUCUUCUUCCUCAGCGACCGCGCCAAGGCUGAGCAGCAGGUGAACGAGUUGGUGAUGCCACCCGCAUCCAUGAAGGUCUGAGGUGGUGCCUCUGGAACUAUGAAGACCGCUUGCUCCCACCUAGUCUGGGAGGUGUCCUUCAGCAUCCCAGCCCUGCUGGGCCAUCCAACUUCCCAUGUGACACAUGGCUGGACGCCCAUCCCUGGUCUGGGACUGCUGAGUGGCCAUGGCUCCAAGAGGAGGCUGUGUCCUCAACUCAUCUGGAAGGCUGUGUGCACUGGGGCCACAUGGCUGGACAGACCCCCAGCUGUGGGUUUGGGCUGCAGGGCCCCUGGGACCCAGGGAGAAGACAGCCCCCAUUGAGUGUGUGGAGAGAGUCUGGCCUGUCACCAGCUUAUGUGAUCCUGGGCAAGUCCCUGCCCUCACCAGACCGUGGGGCCAGGGAGCUAGACUUUCCUGUGCAGCUUGCUGGGCAAGGCACUACCUGCAGCAUUGAAGACCCAACAGCUCCUGGACUGCACAGAGAGGUGACCCAGGCCUCAGGGUGGCACUAUAGGCUCUGAGGCUCCCUGGUGUGUGGGGACCGUAGCCUUUCAGCUGAGCCUCUGCCUCUGGGACAUUGGACUCAACCUGGCAGAGCUGGGUACCCGUCAUUGUAGCCUGGAGGGUCACUUGUCUCUGCUGCUUUGGGCUCUCAGCCUGGCGGUCUCCCAGGUGGGGACCAUCUCAAUAGGGAGCUGACAUCACCAGGGGUGAAGGCCCUGGUGGUUGCCACAUACCACCUGUGUCCCCAGGCCUGAGAUCACUGGGGGAUGCCCACCCAAACAGGGCUCCUUGCAGCCUCUGGGAAAACCUGUUCAUCUCCUCCUGGACCCCCCACAGGAGCCAGACCUACUCCUGUGGCACACUGGGCUUUUUCCAGAGGCAGGGCCCAGGGGACUACUUUUGUAAUCCACUGGGCAGUAGCCAGGACUCUGACAGCCAGAGGAAGCAGCCAUCCGCUAAGCUUCCCGACCCAGGGAAUAGCCUGGUGGAGGCUGACACCCCAGAACCACCUCCACGCAAGUGCCAGCUGCUGUUGCGCAAGUGCAUUUUCACACAUCCCACCACUGCCCCCAGCCUCUGACCACCUGUAGUUCCAUCUGCAUACGCCAUCCCAUCCUCAUAGCCACACACAGGGUGCAGCUCUGCCUGUAGUCGAAGUGUGCAGCUUACCAUGUCCCCUCUGCUCCACCCCCUCCCUGCACAUUUGCUGGAAUCAAGGUGGUUCUGGUCUGGGGCCCCUUGUGGCCAGCAGGGGACCCUAAGAGUCAGCUCGGACAAUGCUCUCUGCCCUGCAGUUACUGGCUGGUGUGGCUUCAGUGGUGUGUAAGCUACUGGAAUACCCACUCCCCGCCAAGCUCUGGGGUACCCCAGGGGCCCAGCAAGGGGGUGGGAUCCCCAAAGACCAGCUUGGCCUCCACCUCCCACCCGGCCUCACCUGGGGCCCCAGCAAUGUUUUCUUGUUGUACAAGAACCAGGUCCAAGUGUUGCCUCCUCUUCCUUCCGGAAGCCAAACUGCUCCUUUAUUUUUUAGAGCUGCUGAUUGUGAAUCUCAGAGUCUUAAGAGAGAAGCCAAAUAUAUUCCUCUUGUAAAUGAAGAAAUAAACCUAUUUAAAUCAUG